AUGAAUCUUACUGAUAUUGUUACACUUUCCACAUAUGUAGGUGGGGCAAGUAAUCAGUUGUUUCACUAUGAUGUCAAUUCACAAUUUGGAAGGUGCAUGCAACUUGCCGAUAUGCACAUUCAAGCCAAAAUACACAGCAUCGAGAUGCACCCAGGUCAAGGUGGCAAAUUAGUUCGAGCACCAGGCACUGAGAUUUUGAAAGAACCCACUUCAAGGUGUCUAGUGAGACUGCCUUCAGGUGUUGAAAAAUGGAUUGAUUCUAAGUGCCGGGCCACGAUUGUUACGGUCCCCAAUGAAGGAAAUAAGCCGAAGAAGCUCUACAAGGCUGGGCAAAACCGGUGGUUGGGCCGCAGACCAACAGUUCGAGGAGUGGCAAUGAAUCCAGUAGACCAUCUUCAUGGUGGAGGCGAGGGUAAGAGCAAGAGUAGUGGUUCUCAUGGAAAGGGUUCUCGAACACCUUGGGGCAAGCCUACAAAAGGUGGGUACAAGACUGGUCCCAACAAGCGUAGAAAAUAAUGUUCUAUCAUUCUCUUUGCUUUGACACUGCUGUGGAGUUUAGCUUUAUGAUGAGUUCGGAUAGCAAUAAAAGUCGCACUUAGAUGUUACUCGUCAUAAAAUAUUCAAGGUUCGUAUAAAUUUUUCCCAUGUCAAGUUUCUGAAAGUGUUUGUUGUUGGAUGAAGCUAUGUAAGUUGCUUAUUAGUUGUUUCA